AUGGCCCCCGCGCUCCGGCUCUGCGCCGCCCUGGCCCUGGUGCUGCUGCCCGCCGCCGCCGCGCAGGACGUGGCGGGAGAUUGUCGCCAAUAUACGAACAGGAGCUGUGAAGAGUGUCUGAAAAAUGUCACUUGCCUGUGGUGUGCCAGCAGCAGGAGGUGCGUGGAGUACCCUGUCCGAAGAGUCCUUCCCCCGGCCGACCUCUGCGAGCUCCGCUCUGCGCGCUGGGGAGUCUGCUGGGUGAACUUUGAAGCCCUGAUCAUUGCCAUGUCUGUGGUGGGAGGAGGAAUCCUUAUCAUGUUGGGGGUCUGCUGCUGCUGCUGCUGUUGUAAGAAAAAGAGCAAAAAGCCAGACAAGGAUGACGAGAGAGCGGCCAGGGAGCGGGAGAAGAGGCGGGUGCGGCAGGAGGAGAGGAGAGCAGAGAUGAAAUCACGGCACGAUGAAAUCCGAAGAAAAUACGGCCUGUUCAAGGAAGAGAACCCUUAUGCAAAAUUUGAGAAUUAGCACCUCCGGACCUGCCCACCCCGGUGAACAGUGCCUUCCCGCAGAGCUGCAGGACUCCAUGCUUUCCCUGCCAUGAGGAGAUCACUGUGGUGCCACUUCCCGCUUCAGCUGCCACAGAAGAUGAGCCAAAUGCUUGGUGACACCAUUGUCCCCACUCCAGAUGCUUGGUUUGCUCGGAGCUUUGCUCUUGCUCUGCUGGUGCAGGAAAGCAUGGUGGCAAUACGGGGAGCAGGUUUCUUCUCACUCACACCUGGGGUGGUAACGGAAUCCAAAGCAAUGCAAAUAACAGUCCUUGUCCCUGGCCAAGGGCAAAAGCAACCUUAUGCAUCGUUCUUGCUCCGGCCUCACCGAAUACCCUUCACACACACAGAGUCAGGCUGUUCUGUCCACCCCCUUUCUUUUUUCUCUUUUUUUUUUUUAGUAUGGGCAAAAGCCAGCAAGAGUUUCUUGACUUGUCAGUCAGUAGGGAGGCCUUGGCUGUUAUUCCAGGUGCCUGUAUUUGUCCCAGCACAUUAGCAUUCCUUUCAAAAAGCACAAGUUUCUGGUUAUCUCGGGCCUCCGGCAGGAAGGUCCCACGUGCACGUUCUCACUUGCAACUAAUCUGGGGCAAUGCCCCAACUCUCCUACCUCUCUGUGCCUUUCUAGAAAGGUGGUCCUCCUGGGCUUGAUGGCCACGGCUGAUAGCAAUACUGUAGG